AUGGCGUCUAAUAACUUUACAAGUGAACUGGAAUUUCAUAUUCUUGGAUUCUCUUCAGUCUUGGCUACCCCUUUUUUAUCUUUCUUUAUUUUACUAGUCAUUUACAUCUUCAAUGUUAGUGGAAAUUCUCUAAUUAUUGUGGUCACGCGGAUGGACUAUAACCUAUACAAACCCAUGUAUUUCUUUCUGGGCAGCCUAGCACUUGUGGACAUGUCGUUUACAACGGUGACUUUACCUAAAUUAAUGGAAAUUUUUCUCAACCCUCAAAAAACUAUUUGCUUUGUCUGUUGCAUGAUGCAAAUGUAUUUCUUCCUGUCGGUUGGAGUGACUGAGUCUUUUCAUCUUGCAGCAAUGUCCUAUGAUCGCUAUCUUGCCAUUUGUAAUUCUUUACAGUAUAACCGAAUUAUGACAAAUAGAGUUUGUGUUUUUAUGGUAUUAGGUUGCUGGAUUAGUGGUUUUAGCAGUGUCCUUUUGCCAGUUAUUCUGAUCUCUAGGUUACAAUUUUGUAAUUUACACAUCAAUCAUUUCUUUUGUGACAUUUCUCCAGUUAUUCAGCUGUCAUGCUGUAACACAAAAAAUCUUGAGAUGUUUAUUUUUCUUACAGCUUUUAUUGUUAUUCUAGGGACAUUUUCAGUAAUUGUGUUUUCUUAUGUAAAAAUUGUCAUAAGUAUUCUACGUAUUUCAACAUCUUCAGGCAAAAAGAAAGCAUUUUCAACAUGUAUCUCCCAUCUCAUAACUUUUCUCAUCUACUACGGAACUAUUAUAUUUAUGUAUGUACGUCCCAAAUCGAAAAGUGAUUUAGAUAUAGACAAAAAAACUGCAGUUUUUUAUUCCAUCAUUUCUCCAACUCUUAACCCUCUCAUCUACACCCUAAGAAAUAAUGAAAUUAAAAACUCACUUAAAAAAAAUACAUAUUGCACUCGAGAGUCAGAGAGUGUGACUGAUAAAAUAAGUGUUAGCACAUAG